AGCGAGUGACAGCUGACAAAGCUUUAAUUUUGGGGCCAACUAUCAGAUGGCACUACAGUUUUCUGAAAACGUCUCUGGCGACUGUCCCACAGGUGGUCCCUGGUCUAGGAUCACACAUGUGUUUUUACUUUUUGUAUUUACUUUGUUAUUAAAAAUAAAUUAUUACUUAAAUUAAAAUAUUACUCAUGUUUAAAAUUUAAAUUCGGGUAUAGGUUAUACAGAUCCUUUAUAAUAUUGUGUGAAAUUAUUUCAUAAACAUUAUGAUAAAUUUCAUAAUGCACUAUAUUCAUAAUAGGAUUCUAUGAUUUUACCACAGGAUUUUACACUAAGAAUGAAUCAGUAUUGUACGCUUAAUAUUUUAAGUGGACCUAAAAUUAUUUUUUAUUAGUGCGGCAAUUAGGGAUGGCUCACUUGAAAAGAAAAAAUAUUACUACGGACUUAGACAACAAUGCUCCUAUCAAACAAAUAUUGGAUGAGCUGAGACACAAAAAUCCUGAAGCUUUUAAAUUCUAUGGUAGAAACCUCUAUAGGAGACAUGCAGUACACACAGAUAGACCAGGAUACCCCUUGAGUAACUUCUGUUAUGAGUGGAAUGGAGAUCAUGGCUUGGAUCUAUUUGAAAAUUUUGGCUAUAAAAGUUGCUCACCAAAAAUCAUAACAGAAAUCAGUAAUAUAGAUAUAGAAGAUCCUAUCACUGCAUUCAUGAAGAAAAAGUAUGGCUGGCUGAAGAAUGCUAAGAAAAAUAGAUUUUCAGCCACUUUAAAUAAGUCAGUAGACAAGUUGCAGGUGCUCAAUGAAGAAGUGUUGACAUGUCCCAAACAUUUAGUAAAUCUAGCCGCAUACCUGGACAGUGAUCCGGAACCAUACUUCAAUAGUAGAUUUAAUUGGUUCUAUGCCGGCAACGGAAACUUGCAGCUGAUUAACAUUGAAUGCACAGAUUAUAUACUGUACAGUAUUUUAAGUUCAGUUUAUUUAAAAGAGUUUGACAGAAAUAAUUUUAAGAUAAAAUCUGAAGCCAUUGCCAGUUACAACUGUGGGAAUGAUUGUAACAUAUUUGAAACUAUUUGCUCAACAAAUAAUAUAGUCUGUUUAAGAUUAAAAAAUAAAAUUUUAAUACUGAAAAUAUCAACCGAAGACAAUGAAGUGAAUUUAAUUAAAUUAACAACACUAGUGUCUGAUAUACCUUACACAAGUAUAUCAUUUGAUGGUUAUCAUAAAAAUAUACUGAAUGUAAUGACACUAAGUAGAGAGUUUCAAAUUAUUAACAUGGACAUGUUUCUUGGAAAAAAGAUACAACUGAAGGGCAAAUCCAAAUCCUUGGUAAACAAUUGGAACACAGUUAUAAGUUCUGAACGAAAUUGUUAUAUUCAUGUGAUGAAAAAUGCAAUUUGUAUGUAUGAUAAAAACUCAAAUGAAUUAAUUAAUGUUUGGAAAGGUGUAAAAGAUGUUGUUGAUGAGGCUGGUUGUGACAGCAUCACUCUUGCCAGGCAGUUUGCCAAUAGUGACUACUUACAUUUUGCUACAGAUCAUCAUAUGUUUUUGUUAGAUAUAAGAUUUUGCACCCAAUUCAAACCCGAAGUAGUGAGGCGAUGGACUCAUGGAAUGUCCUGUCCCCCUGUUUAUAUUAACACAUGUAGUUAUGAUUUGAAACAGGAAUUGAUGUGUUUGAGCAGUCAAUGGGUCGAAGAUAUGUGUGUAAUACCGAGUUAUGCUAAAGAUAUUUUAAAUGAUCCUAUAAAAGGAUUUACAUUACCAUACAGACCACCAAGCAUACUAAAUGUCCUAGCAGAGGCUCGAGAACAAUUACUCUGUUCUGAUAUAUAUAAUUCAGUUGAUGGCAGACUCACAACCUCCAUUUGUGGUACCUUAGUGCUUGAGCAUAGUGAUACAUAUCAAACUCUUCUGCUCAAUUCCCUUGGCGAUAUAAUAAACCACUCGUUAUAUCCAGAACACAUCCACAGUUUUGUACUGGAUGAAGGGCCAAAGCAGCUGCAUGAGUGGAGUAAAUCAUACAUUGUGCCUCAGAAACCAUUUGAAGUUUCGAAAAUUGUUGAUUUUGGAUCUAUUUUGAGAGACAUGAAAAUAAUUCCAAAUGAUGUGAAGAUUAUGAGUGAUGUUGAUGAUGUAAAAUUUGAUGAGAAAGAAGUGUUAGAUGCGUUUGAAAAUGAAGAAGUUGACUCGACGUUACAGUACGCCUGGACUGGCGACCUACUGACAGAAGCGGUUGAAGCAGACGAAACCAAUAUAUUUUAUGAGCAACAAGAUUCUGAUGUGUCAGAAUAAAAUCCACUUGAUGUAGUUUAAAUGUCUGUGAUAUUAUAUUUAAUUAAAUUAAUUUCCAAUUGUGGUAAAACUAA